AUGACCCCCAAAGUUCAAUACUCGCCAUGCUCCGAUUCAACUGAUUCAUUGGAGAAAGAUAAUAAUCCAGAAGAGUGCGGACUCCUAUUCACGUCCAACAAUAGAGGUCCCAAGUGGGGGACGCGAUCCAACGUCUGGCAGCAGGCGCUAUCUGUUACGAUAUUCGCCCUUUUGGCAGUGUUAGUGAUUCUCAAUGGAGUUUUACUAUUCUGGUUAAAAUCAUCGUCUCUCGGUAAUACAAAUGGGCCAAGCCAGUUGGAUUAUUUUCUUUACUCUCCUUCCGGCGAAAAGAAGCAUCCGGAGAUAGUGGAAAAAAUAUACCAUGAUUAUCAUGAUGACUUCCUGAGUUUUAAUACAACGGUGUCUCAGCAACACUGGCGAAGUCUGUUUCCUGUGGGUGAAGGCAUGAUCGGCUUGACCGACCAACAGGUCAUCGAUAUGGAUGUACACCAUUCCGUUCGCGGAGUGUCAGAUCCGGAUAGACACAUCUAUAUGGUGGCUGCGUUUCACCAACUGCAUUGCCUGAGCCAAGCUAGAUCGAUCAUCAUGCAUCUCUUCCAUGACCCAGACUACACCCUCCGUGAAGCCACAUAUCAUCACACCAUGCACUGUGUGGACAUUGUACGACAGGCGCUAAUGUGUGCCUCGGACUCGACACUCAUCUGGAAGGAAUACGACGUCAAAUGGCCUGGUGAGGGAGGAACAAGGGUGUGCCGAAACUUCGAGGCCUUGACACAAUGGGUGACUGACCACCAAUAUGAGUCCCAAUCCUUCGACCCCGCGCUCUUACCCCACACAGAGUACUGA